AUGAUCGCAACUGGUGUUUGUGGCGUCGCGCUGGUGCUGGUGUUGGUGGUUCUGAUCCCGGUCAUGGUGAACACCGCCGGGACUCCUGCCCGCUAUGAGAUGCUCGGAUCCUGUCAAAUGGUGUGCGACUCUCACGGGACAGCGGCCACGGCCACGGCCAAGGCAACCAACCCGAUCAAAGACAACCGUCUGGUUCAGUCGCUUCCGACGUUCAUCCAAGGUCCUCAAGGAGAGCCGGGACGCGUCGGGAGGAUGGGUCCGAGGGGUCCGGGUGGGGAGCCCGGGCCACCUGGACCUGCUGGUCCGCCCGGAGAAAGAGGGGCACCGGGCCCUCCGGGUCCACCCGGAGCACCCGGAAUAAAUGGGCCCACCGGUGCCAUCAGCGCUGCCACUUACAACACAGUCCCAAAGAUUGCGUUUUAUGCAGGACUUAAGAAGCAACAUGAGGGAUAUGAAGUGUUGAAAUUCGACGACGUAGUCACAAAUCUUGGGAACCACUAUGACCCCUCUACAGGGAAAUUCACCUGCUCAAUACCUGGGAUUUACUUCUUUAUUUACCACGUGCUGAUGCGAGGCGGGGAUGGAACCAGCAUGUGGGCUGACCUCUGCAAGAACAACCAGGUGCGAGCCAGUGCCAUCGCCCAAGACGCCGACCAGAACUACGACUACGCCAGCAACAGUGUCGUCCUACACCUCGAGCCCGGGGACGAGAUUUACAUCAAGCUGGACGGCGGAAAGGCGCACGGGGGCAACAACAACAAGUACAGCACCUUCUCCGGCUUCAUGUUGUACGCCGACUGAAACACGGAGACGAUCUGCCGAGGUGGAGAAGACCUGCUCUGCAUAUCGCUUGCUUCACUGCUCAUGCUCAAUUCAAUGUCAGGUGGAAUAUUAGAGACAUUUCCAUAUUGCUAAAGAGUCCAAAAAGAUGUGGGGGACGUCAUGCAAAAAAAAGAACUUCACUUUGCAAUGAAGAGCUUUCGGUGUAAUACAGAAUAAUAAUGAAUUUUAAAGUAUCCAUCAGAUGGAUUCGUGUCGCACCCUGAAUGAACUGCUGAGCUUUACAAAUUAAGUUUGCUGAUAUGUCAGACAUUCUGUAGCUGCUGUGGUGACACAUACCGAGAGUGUACACUGAAAGUUCGAUGUAAUGACCUUUAGCACUCAAUCAGGUGCUGAAAUUAUAUUCACAUAAUCACCACUCUGUUCAGUGUUAGUCAAUAUGUGUGCUUUAUUGAAAAAAAUGAUAGUUGAUGCAUUUUGAGUGAAAACGUAAGUAGUGAUGCAUGAUUCUAAAAUGACAUUUCAACUCUGUGCAGCAUAAUAACACUUUAAAGAUAAACUGAUUCUGUAAAGGGCCAUUGUGAUGUUCAUAUUGAAGCGCUGUCACCAAAUAAUCACUGUAACUCACUUUCCUUGUCUCAAUACGACAGCUGGUUGGGGCAACAGGGUGGUCUGACGGUUAGUCAAGAUCACAAAACUGGACAGUCACACUGACGGGAAUGUUUCCUCGAGCACGACCACGGACAUCGAUCUGCCUGCGUGUUUGUUGAGUCCCUCCAGAUAAGACUGUCGGCUAAUGUGUACAAUACAAUGUAAAAUUAAAUCCUCUUGUUCACUUUCUAAUCCUCUGGGAAGAUUAAUCAAAAGUUACAUAGCUGUUCAGUGCACUGUGGCGAUCAUGCCAUUGAUCAUGUGAUGAAGUCACCCUGUGAGGCCACCUGUUCCCAGAUGAGAGGAGAACAUGUCCUUCAUCUGGGCCUGCCAGCCAGUCAGCCUCCCAUAGACACCCAGACACCCACUGAGGGGCAACAGGACAACUCAUCUAACACAGCCGCAUUGUGUGGAGAGCAGAGCAGCAUACUGAUUACCAGCCUGCUCAUU